GUAACCACAAAAUUAAUAAACCAAAUUAGCUUCGAAUUAGAGGGGCAGCGCAAAGCACUCUUCGAGAUAUGCGAGGCAGAAAGGAUAUCUAACGCGGACCAAAUUCUGCAACUAAAGAAAGAAAUUGCUCUCCUCAUAGUGGACCUACACGAGUGUACCACUCCCACGGCCAAGUAUAGGAUUCAAAAUAAGAGAAUCGUGGAUAUCAUAGGGCCUUUGGCGGACAAAACCGCCGCCGAAGUCAGAGAGUUGCUAGAUCUGCAGGUUAUCGAUAAUUCUAAAAGGUUGGAUCUCCUGAGAUAUAAGAUAAAACAGAGAAGAAAAUAUUUUACUGAAUUAGGAGCUAAAUAUCAGCUUCUCGUAAGUCAACACGAGCAAAAGGAACUUAUGAGGAAAGUAGUGAAGCCUGUUAAAAAGUCGACCAGCGAAUUGCAAAACGCUAUUCACGCAGUCGAAGUCCAGAUACGAGAAGCGGUUCACAUAAAAAAUCGUUACUGUGACAUCCGAAAGUCUCUCAAAGAUGACGCUGACAAGUUCGACAGCAACGUUAAAAAGCUAGAAGAGGAUCUAGAAGGCCAAAAAAUAGAUAUAGAUAAACUGCAAAAGAUUAUGGACGAAGCCACAAGGAUGCGCAACAUAGCGAGGGGGAACCUGCUGAAAGAGGAGAGAGCAGCGAAUUCUGCGGCCAACUUGAGGGAAAAAGAAGCCACCGAGGGCAAGAGGCUCGUUAACGAGAGGAAAAUCGAAUUGGAGAGAUUAGAAAGACGCAUCUUCCAAGGCGGAAAGAUCCUCCCGCGGCCUGAACCGGAAGGGGCUGAGGAUGCAGCCCCAGAGGACGAGAAAUCGCCCACGCCACCGCAUCCUGUAGAGACACUUGCCCAAGCCUUUGAAGUCCUGAAGCAAGCUACGGGGGGCACAAGUUCCCAAGAAGUGCUAGAGAGGUUCAAAUCCCAAAAGGACACAGAAGAAAGAUUGAUGCUUCUAAGGAAGAAGGCAGAAGAAGACAAGCACAAAUUGGAAAAGAAAACGGAAGUCCUGAAACAGAAAUUAGACUCUUAUAAAUAUGCCGAAGUAAAGGAUGCCGAAAGAAAAACGGGCGAAAUGGAAAGGAUACAAAAAACAAUAGAAGAAAACCAUGAGCGCUCGCGACAAUGCAAAGAGGAGAAAGAAAAGAAAGACGAGGCUUUGAAAUCGAUCUUAGCUGGUUUGCAGGGGCUUUACCUUUGCAUAAACCCCCUAGCAAUAUUAGAAAAUAAUGCUUUGGUUGUCCUCAACCACAUCCAGAUGGAACUGAAGGAGAUUCUCAGGAAAAUUAAUGACGGUGAAAUUCCUUUCGACGUUGAAGAACAGGUUUUCAAUGCUGAACCAUAUGACGAUAAGUGGUUACCAACACCCUACAGCGGGUUAAUAAGAAGAACACCUCUGCCUCAACCAGGAACAUCGCCUGCACCUCCUGCUACUGCAGGAUCCGAAGAUGAAGAGGAAGUGCCAUCUAGGGGAUACUUGAAGAGACAGGCUCAGUUGGUCAUUGACGCCAAAUCUAGACGAAAGAACCUCAGAAUCCAGUUACCAAAAAGGAAUUAAUGUCUUGUGAUAAUUUACAAUUUCUUAAAAAAUCAUAUUAAAUAU